GUUCUUCAAUUUUUUUUUCAGUCAUGAAGAGACUUGCUAGCUCAGAUUCAUUGGGUGCUAUGAUCUCCGUCUGCCCAUUUACAGAGGAGAAAGACAGCUCCCAUGUUUACCGGAGAGGGUUUCAGUCUAUGCUUGAGGGCUUCAAUGAAGAAGACUGUAUUGAAGAAACAGGUCAGAUCUCCGAGAAGAAGAGACGAUUAAGCGUAGACCAAGUGAAGGCCUUGGAGAGGAAUUUUGAGGUCGAGAACAAGCUCGAACCAGAGAGGAAAGUGAAGCUAGCUCAGGAGCUAGGCUUACAACCUCGACAAGUGGCCGUUUGGUUUCAGAAUCGUCGAGCACAGUGGAAGACCACACAAUUGGAGAGAGGUUACGGAGUUUUAAAAUCCAAUUACGAAUCUCUGAAGCUCAAUUUCGAUACUCUCCAAAAAAGACAAAGAAUCUAUACGUGCAGAGGUAAUUAA